AGUUUGGAAUCUGAAGUCUAAUCGUCAUGAUCUUAUAUCACUGUCCCUCGUCAAUUCAUUCGCGAUUUGUGUUGUUGGUCGCUCGCAAUUUAGACAUCGACAUUGAUCUUCGAUCUGUGGUGCUUUCGAGUGAUGAACAGUUCAGUAAGGAAUUCACAGCUAUAAAUCCACGACAACAAGUUCCAGUUCUAGCAGAUUACGACUACAGACUCACUGAAAGCAGAGCAAUUGCUUGCUAUCUGGCAAAUAUGAAGCCGGGGAAUAAAUUUUAUCCAACUGAACCCUUGGAGCGUGCUUGGGUUGACAUGUUUCUUUAUAUGGAUGCUACUUAUGUUGUUCCAACUUGGUACAACAAUGCAAUUGCACCGAUUUUAUCGGGAGAAACUUCGAAAAUUUCUCUGGAGACACGCAAUAAAGUAUCAGUCAUGCUGAGUCUCUUGGAGGAAUAUCUAAAGAACUCACCACUCAAAUAUCGUGAGAAUAAAACAGAAUCGCCAUAUUUUGCUGGCGAAUCUGUGACGCUUGCUGACAUGUCUAUUCUUGGCACGAUUGGAUUAUUUUAUCAUCUUGGAGAGAAAAUCGAAGAAAAAUAUCCAUUUUUGCAUGCUUGGUUCAAACGAAUGCAAAAUAUUGAAGGAUGGAAUGAACAUGACGUGGGUGCUCAAAUGUAUGCCAGAAAGUUUAAGAAAUAUUGGAGUCCAUCAGCAGAUGAAAAUUGAACAUUGAACGAUUUUUUAUUUAAAAUGAUGUACGUCAUGUCUCUGAGAAAAUUCAACCAUGUUUACAUUCAAAAUACUCACCCACGCAAUAGAAUUAUUUUCAUAAAUAAACGUCUUCUCGCAUGCACCUGUCCCAAAUAAAUAAAAACAAUUUUUUAAAGAGUUUCAUGUGAAGCCUUUUUUUUUCAUUCAACCUACGUUGAUUCUGUCGUAUUUUGGAAU